AUGCUCGAAAAGCUCAAACUCGAGUUCGUGCCGGCCGCCGGUAACAAGCUCGUUCUCAAGCUCUCUCCUCCUCCGCCGCCGCUUGCCGACAAGCAGGCGUGUGCUUGUGUGCACGGCGCUACGUUCGACUCAUCCGCCAAGGCCGCGCGGCGCCUCACGUUCACCGUCGACAAAACCUCGUGCCCGCCACUUCCGUCGCCGCCCCCGUUCGUCAUCGACGCUGCCGGAGGCAAGGCCGACAGCAUCGAGCCCGCGUCGUUCAAAGACGUCAUCGGCGACGGCGGCGGGACGGCCGUCGCGUCCGAGGGCGAGUCUGCGCCGAUGGCUCCCGUGAAGGUUGGCAUCACGCUUGCCCACGACGCGUGCGGCGCCAAGAACGACGUCGUGAAGGGCGUCCCCGUGGCCAAGUCUGUCGCGGAGGCCUCCCUCGAUGAGAGCAUCCUCAAGAAAGACCUGGCCGCGGCAACGGCGCCCGCUGCGGAGGUCGACUCGGACCUUGCCAAGGCCAUGCUCGCCGUCGACCAGCCGAGCGCGAACGCCGUUUUCUGGUCCAAGCUUGCGCGCCCGACCGACCCGCCGGCGGCCGCCAUCGGCGUCACCAAAAACGCCCCGCCGGCUCUCAAGCCGGUCACCAAAGACGUGCCGGCUCUCGAGCCGGGCGACGCCGACUGGACCGUCUCAGCCAAGGAAUUUCCAGAGGAGAAAUCCGUCCCGGGUAUCUCCGAGUGGACGGCCCCCUCGAAGUCGCGCCGCAACAACGAGCGCAAGGGGGCGUCCGCCCCGGUCGACUGCAGCAACGGGUACGGGGCCCUGCUCGGGGCGGGCGGCAACGAGGGCAGCGGCACCGGCACCGGCAAGCGCUCCAAAGUGACGCGCGGAUCCACGCCGUCGACCGCAAACGCGGUGCCCGCCGCCUGCAUAUGUGGCCUCUCCCCGGCUCGCCGCUCACGCGGCGACUUCUCGCGCCCUCCUCUUCAGGGCGCGACGGUCAUCAUCGAGACGACCACGAUCACCACGCUCGAGGGCUAUGCCACCGGCUGGUUCUCGUGGCCCAAGAUCUGCCCGCUCCGCCUCUUUGGCAUCCUCGCGCUGAUCUGCCUCGGAGCCGCGUCUGCGCACUACUCGUACUCUGCCACCACCGCGCUUCUCUCCUCGCGGUGGUACGACUCCCCGUGGCCGACAUCGCCGCUCGCAACCGUCGCAAAGCCGUUCGCGCCGUCAUCGCUCAACGGAUUCAUCUGCGAGGUUGGCGACGCGAGCUCGUUUGCAGACAUCGCCUCGUUGGACAGCGUGCCCGCCGACCACCCGGUGCGUGCUCGCUCGCGCGUGCUAGUAUCCGCGCCGCGCCAGCUCGCGACUAACAGCCCGCGCGCCGUCCAGGGCGGGCACGAGGAGGGGCGCUCGUGGAAAGCACUGAUGAAAAAGAUCGACGAGGCGGUGGGCGAGCCGUUGCACCUGAUUGGCGAGCCGCCGGCGUCCGUUAAGGGCGUCUACGAUAAGCAGCCGGUUGAGGCCGACUUGGAGACCCUUCCAGCCUCCAGCACGGAGCGCAAGGGCGAGCUCGAGAUCGCUUCUGUCGCUCCCGUCUACAGCAGCAGGACGGAGAGCAUCGCUCGGGAGCGCGAAAGCGUCCUGCCCGUGAACGACACGUCGCCCGAGUUGCGGCCCACCGGCGCGCCGAAGCCUGGGAUGCUGGAGGUGCGGAAGCUGGUCGAGACUGGCCUCGGCGCGCCCGUCUCUAGCAUGCACGCCGGCGGCGAGUGGCGGGCGAACGACGGACUGGCGAACGCUUCUCGAGUCCCAACCGAGGAUCUCUUCAUCCCUGACCGGGCCAUCCCUCUUCCCGCGGCCGCGCUGGGGGAGCCGACGUGGCCUGCAGAGGUCCGCGCCGCUCAGAUCGCCGACUCGUCAAACGCGGUCGAGUCCGAUCUCUUCUCCGACUCGCGGCCACGCUGCGCCGCGCUUGCGUGGCACGCGGAGCCUCACCACGCGCUCAACGACGAGCUCUUCAAGACCGACAAGCCUCCCGCGGGCCCGCCGGCCGACGAUCUCUCCAUCGACCUGCCCUCCCCGAUUCACUUCUUCAUGAGCGCAAACUUCUCUCGGCCUGGCCGGCAGCGCGGUCAGCUUUGGGCCGCCUUGUUCUUGCUGCUCGGAGCAUGCGGGCUGCUCUCGGUGCGGGCGCGGGGCCGGACGGGGGCAAGGCGCGGCGCGUGGCUGCUUCUUCUCGUCGCGCUGCUCCCGCUGGCAUGUGCAUUGUAUCCGCCGCCGCCGUCGGCCUUGCCGCCGCCGCCGCCGUCGGCUUUGCCGCCGCCGCCGUAUGAUGUUUGCAGCGAGUCGGACGGCUGCGCAGGCUGCACGCGUGACGGCGAUGGAAACGCUGUGGCGGGCGACGCCGACUGCCAGUGGGGCGGAGCUGAGUGCCGGCUGAAAGACGGCAGCGGCCACUGCGAGCGUAGCGAUGACGAGUCGCUCGAUGAUGUUUGCAGCGAGUCGGACGGCUGCGCAGGCUGCACGCGUGACGGCGAUGGAAACGCUGUGGCGGGCGACGCCGACUGCCAGUGGGGCGGAGCUGAGUGCCGGCUGAAGGACGGCAGCGGCCACUGCGAGCGUAGCGAUGACGAGUCGCUCGCAGCGCUCCAGAUCAACAUCACGCAGAGUCCCCCGGAGCCGCUGGUGUCGGAGGCGGACAUGUGCGACAUCGUGAUCAACCUGAUACAGCAGCCUGUGGCGGCAUGCAUGGUGACGAGAGAGUCGCAGGUCGACAGCUACGUCUACACUGUCACCAUCGUCGACACUUUUGCGGCGGCCGACGCCGCGGCGUUCGCAAACGAUCCAGAUAACGAGGUAGAAGUGUUGAUCUCGGGCGAGCUCUCUUCCGUGACUUCAAGCACGAUCGACAUCGUCUCCGUGGAAGCCGCGGUUGUCCCCGUGCCGCCCGGUCUUGGCCCUGGCUGCAGCGAGUCGGACGGCUGCGCAGGCUGCACGAGAGACGGCGAUGGAAACGCUGUGGCGGGCGACGCCGACUGCCAGUGGGGCGGAGCUGAGUGCCGGCUGAAAGACGGCAGCGGCCACUGCGAGCGUAGCUAUGGCGAGCCUUGCGAGUGCGCCGAUGCGUGGACAGUCAUCGGCACCUGCGAAAACACACAAUUCGGAUGCCCUGCAGCGGCCUGCGACGACCCAUCCUAUGAGUCGUGGUGCGUUGCGGCCACUUACCCCUGCGACCCGUGGUCCUCGACUGUGGUCAACAUGUACGCGGGCAGCGACGACUAUGCCGAGGACCCACUUGACAUUCAGGGCGUGAAGUACGACCGCGAUACCCAACAGGCUUGGUUUUACUGCUGGCCGCCGCCGCCGCCGGAGCCGCCGCUGCUGCCGCCGUCUCUACCGGCGCCGCCGCUGCUGCCGCCGUCUCUACCGUCGCCGCCCUCUCUGCCGCCUCUGCCAGCCGCUCCGCCGCCGCCGCCGUGCGAGUGCGCCGAUGCGUGGACAGUCAUCGGCACCUGCGAAAACACACAAUUCGGAUGCCCUGCAGCCGCCUGCGACGACCAAUCCUAUGAGUCGUGGUGCGUUGCGGCCACUUACCCCUGCGACCCGUGGUCCUCGACUGUGGUCAACAUGUACGCGGUCAGCGACGAUGCCGACGACCCACUUGACAUUCAGGGCGUGAAUUACGACCGCGAUACCCAACAGGCUUGGUUUCACUGCUGGCCGCCGCCGCCGCCGCCGCCGCCGCUGCUGCCGCCGUCUCUACCGUCGCCGCCCUCGCCGCCACCGCCAGCCGCUCCGCCGCCGUCGCCGCCAUCAGCACCGCCCCCAACGUACACCGUGCAAACCUUCACCGAGCUCCGCGACGCCGUCCGCAGCCACUCCGGCAGGCUUGGCGCCGUCAUCGUCGAGCUGCCAGAGGGGGCCCGCUUCGAAUGGGCCGUGUGCUCGCAGCUGCACGUGCACGUCGCGCACGUGACUCUGUUGAGCGUGGGCGCCGGUGCAACCCUCGACGCCAGGAACUGCUCCCGCCACUUCGACGUCGCCUUUGGCGGCACGCUCGAGCUCGAGCGCGUGCACCUCGUCAACGGCGGCGCGCAAGCGAGUGGCGGGGCGGUCAAGGUGCGGCACGGCGGGACUUUGAUUGCGACCGAGUCUUCGAUCGAGGGCUCGAGUGUAGUCUCGCUCGACGGCGCGGCGUAUGGUGGCGCCAUUGACGCUUCGAACGAGGUGCUCUUUGGCUUCUACCAGAUCUGCACCGUGUUGUCCUCCACCUACUCGGCGCGGCUGCCGCCAGAGUACACGGGCUGGACCGACAAGCUGGCCAACACGGUCUCAAUCGACUGGUCUGGCCUUUUCCUGCCGCAGCAGUGCCUCGGCUACGAUUUGCGGCUGCUCGCCAUCGCUCUCUCGCCCGUCGCCUUCAUCGCACUGCUCAUGGCAGCCGGGAUAAGCCUGCGGCUCUACCGCUGGCGUGCCGCCCCUGCGCCGCGCGCGAGGCCAUGGAUCGCAGAGGCGGCCCUCGGCGUCCUCGACCUCACGCCGCCCGGCUUGGCCUACACCGUCUCUCCGCCCGAGUCGCCUCUGGAGCAGGUCUCCUACAUGCGGCUGGACGCGAGCAUCGAGUGCGGUACCGACGAGCACGGAUCAGUCACCGAGCUCGCCUUUGGCCUUAUCGCCCUGUGGCCUGCGGGCUCUCUGAUCCUCUUCAUCUCGCUCCUCGUCGCUUGCUACAAGCCGCUGCAGGCCAAGAGGCCGAAUGCUCUGACGCGGGCGACUACCUUCCUCCAUCGAGAGUACAAAGCAACCUUUUACUGGUGGGAGGCGGUCGAGCUGGCGCGCAAGCUCGUGCUCACGGGCUUCGUGCUGCUGAUCCCGGAGGAGCGAGCCUUUGUCCGCCUCGUGGUGGCGACCCUCAUCUGCUCCUUCUACGCUGUCGUGCUCGCCGUCGUGCGGCCCUUCAAGCGGGUCGAGGAUAACGUGCUAGCUGUUGCCACUAGCCUCGUGCUCCUCCUCCUCUUCCUCGCCACGAACUGGACCACCAUCUUCCUCGGUAUCGUGGAGCGCACCGGCGUCGACGAUGCUGAUGCAGUCCUCGGCUUCGAUAACCUGUCCAGCAUCAUCAACUCGAUGCUCGUCCUCGUCGGCGCGACGCUGGUCUUCUUCCUCAUCGGCGCCGUCGUCUCCGCCCGCCACGCCAAGAAGGCUCCCACGAUCCGCCUCGUCUCGACCAACCAGCCGCCCGAGAUGAGCGUCGGGAUGGGCAUCACGUGGCACCUCUUCAACAGCCACAUCUGGAGUACCGGUCAAGACGCCGUCGCGGUCAUCAAGAGGCAGCUCCAGAUCCUGCUGCCGGGCAUCAAGAUCUUUCUCGACGCGCGCGCAUGCUGCCCAGUCGAUGACCUUGAGGACAUUGGGGCGCUCGAGGAGUACAUCCAGCGCUCGCAGAACUGCCUUCGAGAGGUCCGCUCGUCGCUCGAGAUGGACAAACCGCUCGUUCUCGUCCAAGAGGCGGACCCGGCCAAGGGCGGCGGGACGCUAACAGCGCUGCGCGCAGAGUGCCCCGAGGAGCUCCAGCCGGACAUCUUUGACCAGGACUGGCCGCUCACGAUCUGGUAUCGCAUCGAGGAGUUUCAGCUCGCGCUGCUCCUUUGUUCGCCCAACUUUCUGGGAAGCACCUCCCUUCCGCUCACAGUGACGGGCGAGCUGCGGAUCAGGGCAUUCGGCUUCUCCACGUUCGCAAAGGUCUGGGCCUCUCCGGCCAACGCCGGCGCGAGGGAGCUGGCCGAGGAGCUCGUCGCCGCCUUUCCCGGCCUCAUCGUCUCCACCGCCGAGGAGGCCGGCGACGCGACCCACAUGCUUCUCUACCUCAACGAGCACAGCUUCAGCGACGAGCGGCUGGCCGAGCAGGUUACGCAGGCGCGCCAGGACAGGCUGCCGAUCGUCAUGGCGCACGAGAACGACCCGGACCUCGGCGGCUGCGAGUUCUCCAAGUUUUUUGAGACCACGCCGCAGGAGCUCAUCGCGGGCGGGCUCUACAAGGACCUCGCGCGCUCGUGCUUCCCCGGGCGCCACCGCGAGGUGUCGCUCGUGCUCCUCGCACAGGGUCUCGGCGCGACUCCGGUCAAGUCGAGCGCCGGCCUCCGAUCGAGCAUCGUGCGCCGCGCGUCAACGGCCUUCCGCAGCCUUGGCGGCCUCCGGCUCCGCGCCUCAGAGCGCUCAACCUCGGGAGAAGCCGAGGCAGUGGCGUCGGCGUCGGCGGCGUCGGCAUCGACGUCGGCAUCGGCAGAGCACGUGUAGCCGCGUAGAGCGGCGUUGAGAGCGUGGCAUCUGCUGCGCCGUGGAGCGCCAGUGGGGCGGCGGGAGCCGCGUCUCCCACCUAGCGAUGGCGCAACCGCAAACUAGGAACGGACGAUGAGUCGUCACUGACCGUAUCCAUGACGUGGCACGACCCACGGUCCUGUGCUCAUUACCAGGAUGCUAGAGGGGCACGGCCCGGUGCGCUCUUUGCGUGAGGGCCUAGUGGGAAUGCG